UUUCCUGCAAUGUUCCAGUGGAUCCUGCAGCACCAUCCUGCACAGAAGGGGAAUAUCUGCCCAAAUUCAUGCCUCCAACUCCAGAACAUGGAGCUCAGUUCUUCAUUGAUGUUCAUCAGACUCUGGAAAUCACCAUCAAAGCAGAAGCAACUCAGGCUUUGACCACUGAGCUCCUGUUCAGCGGGCCGGUUGGUGUGGUCAAGAAUUCAUCUGGUUCAGGAUAUUUCACCAUGAGAUGGACUCCAUCUGAAGACGAUAACAAAGAGAGCCACCCCAUCUGUUUUGUUGUUCAGGCAAAUGUCUCCAGUUCUGUGUACCAGUCUGAGCUUCGAUGUGUUAUUGUGACUGUUGGAAUCAAACCAACACCAACACCAUCUCAUGUUACUGUUCUGAAAAUGAAGAUCUCAACAACCAUGUCUCUGGAAGACAAUUGUGACAAAGUCACGGAAGCAGGAUCCCCCAAAAGUGUUGGAGUAGUACUACAGCGCAACACAAAGUCGAAGCACACCGGGCAUUCAAACCAAGCUGUCAGCCCCGGGGCUGGUCCGGGAACCCUGACAGACGGGGGCAGGGAGCCAGUGGGGGACGGAGGGAUCAAACCCGACCCCGUGACUAUAACCUGGACACUGGCGGCCCCGUGCUUCCCUCCGCCUGCUUUACUGGCCCACAGCCCCUCUCCUCUGGCUGAGGAAAGGCAGCUCAUGGCUCUCAGCUGA